GGCUGAUAGCUCCUCCAGGUACGUACUUGAGGCUGUCGUGAGCCUGGGUGGCACAUACACAUUUCUCACGCCACACUGGGUAUACCGGGCUGGCACCAUCAUAAUUCAGAACAUGCCCGAGAUCUACGAAGCCAACGUCAUACAGCUCUACUCCAACACCGUUCAUGUGUUGGAGCUUUCGUCCUGGAAGUGGCCAAGCUCUGCUGCCCUCAAUGCCUCUCUGGCCGAUCUCAUGACGCAUAUGAAAAGUAAAUACAGACCAAACUGGGCUGAUAAACUCCGCCUUGGAGAUGUCAGAAUAUGAUCACCAAUCACUCGCAGAACGUACCAGCGAUUCUUCAACCCUUCUUCAGGGGCGGAGCAUUCCUUCAGGCACAUGCAAGGCUCUGAAAUUUCUUCGCCCUUUUUCAUAGACGAACAAAGUGAGAGGUGAGAGGUCCACGAUGAAUUUUGCACGACACUUCUCAGCAAACGUCUUCUUCGUUCAACGGCCGCACAAAAGGAGCUGGCACCGACAGCUUUUCGUAACAAAUCAAGGCCUAGUACAGCACGAUAUGGCAUCGACUGAAGCGCAAAUAUUCAUCGUACACCGAUCUUUCAAUCCAUCGGGUGCUUAUGUCGACAGCUGGCUCUCAAAUUUCUACGCAGAUCUGUCUUCUGUGCAACACUGCGCCCAAAGAGUCCGAGAUGAUGUGGAAAAUGAUGGCGCAGAGGCGAUCAAUACGGAUGGUGCGUUCUCAUUCACCAUGACCUAUCCUUCGUACACUUGCGACAUCUCCAUCCAUCCUCUACUUUUACCGGAGCAUAUGCAGCCAAACUGUGGCUACGUCGUUUGUUGGACAUGUUGGCCUUCGCACUUGGUGGCAAGUCUGUGCCCAGUCGAUCGGGACCUUGUUUCGAGAUUCACGGGCGAUGAAGCACGCGGACACGCUGCUGCUUUGGCGUAUCACAGCAGUCAUCAGUCUGCGGGCGUGGACAGUCACUUGACCGUCGUUCACAACCAAUGUGGCCUGCCACGCCGGUUCGGAGAAAGCGAGGCGCAUACACACUUCACUAUUGAAGUCUUCAGGCGAAGCGUUAUUCUGGGUGAGGUGCAGGAUCGGACUGAAGAUCUUGGGGUGAUGAGUCUGAAGGAGUCGCUAUCCUGGUAACGACAAUGACACAAGACUUAAUGAUAACCAGUGUACAUCAGGGCGCGUUUCACAUUCUCUCUCGUAAGCUGAUAAUUGCACGGCCGUUGCUGCGGGUUUUGAGGUUGUUCUUCUACACGGACCCCGUGAUGGUGGUAUAUACCUCGGCCGUGCCCCAUCUCCAGCCUUAUCUACCCCGGGCUUAUUCAUCCGCAGACUUGGUCAUCCUCCUCUCUCGCUCUCGCCCUUGCUUUCGCUCUACCCCGUUCUACC